UCUCCACUCAAUUAAAUAACUAAAUUUGUAGUAUUCAUUUACGGAUUACAAAAUCAAUUUUACGAAUUACAAAAUCUCAAAUUGAUUUCCUCGGAUUAUUCUUACGCCACAUAUAUACAAUUUCAUUUUCAACCCCUCUCAAAAUCAAGCAUUAUUGCAUAAAUUGCAUCAAAAUCCCAGAUUUUGAGCAAUACCCAUUUUUCAAAUUGAUCAAAAAUGGGGAGUUUAGGUGCGAUUUUGAAACACCCAGAUGAAUUUUACCCACUUUUGAAGUUGAAAAUGGCGGUCAAAGAGGCUGAAAGGCAGAUCCCACCUGAACCUCAUUGGGGUUUUUGCUAUUCUAUGCUUCAUAAGGUUUCUAGAAGUUUCGCCCUUGUUAUUCAACAACUUGGUACUGAGCUUCGCAAUGCUGUCUGUGUGUUUUACUUGGUCCUUCGAGCCCUCGACACUGUAGAGGAUGAUACGAGCAUUGCUACAGAUGUCAAAUUGCCCAUCCUGAAAGCUUUUCAUCAGCACAUAUAUGAUCGUGACUGGCAUUUUUCCUGUGGUACAAAGCACUACAAAGUUCUGAUGGAUGAGUUUCAUCAUGUCUCAACUGCCUUUUCGGAGCUUGACAGAGGAUACCAAGUGGCAAUUGAGGAUAUUACAAAAAGGAUGGGUGCUGGGAUGGGAAAAUUUAUCUGCAAUGAGGUAGAAUCCAUUGCUGACUAUGAUGAAUAUUGUCACUAUGUAGCUGGACUUGUUGGUUUGGGGUUGUCAAAGCUUUUCCAUAACGCAGGUUUAGAGGACCUUGCUUCAGAUGAUCUUUCCAAUUCAAUGGGUUUAUUUCUUCAGAAAACCAACAUUAUUCGUGACUACCUUGAAGAUAUAAAUGAGAUUCCAAAAUGCCGCAUGUUUUGGCCACGGGAGAUAUGGAGUAAAUAUGUUAAUAAACUCGAGGAUUUGAAAUAUGAGGAGAACUCAGAGAAGGCAGUUCAAUGUUUAAAUGACAUGGUGACAAAUGCCUUAUUGCACGUUGAAGAUUGUCUAAAAUACAUGUCUGAUUUGCGGGAUCCUGCUAUAUUCCGUUUCUGUGCUAUUCCUCAAAUCAUGGCCAUUGGUACUUUAGCUAUAUGCUACAACAAUCUUCAAGUGUUCAGAGGUGUGGUGAAAAUGAGACGUGGUCUCACUGCUAUAGUUAUUGACCAGACAAACACAAUGCCUGAUGUUUAUGGUGCCUUCUAUGAUUUCGCCUGUAUGAUGAAACCGAAGGUCGAUAAUAGGGAUCCAAAUGCCACAAAAACGUUAAGUAGGAUCGAAGCAAUCCAGAAAAUUUGCAAGGACUCUGGAACUCUGAACAAAAGGAAAUUGAACGUUAUGAAGACCAAGUCAGCAUACACUCCAAUCAUGAUGAUGGUGUUCUUCAUUGUAUUGGCAAUCAUAUUUGCUCGUCUAUCUGCCAACCGACAGAACAAUUGAUUGUUUAGCAGUGGUACGAAAAGUACAUUGUCGUACACACUAGAGCUACCUGGCAGACAGUUUUUAUCAUUUAUGGCUGCAGUUUUGCAGAAUGGCUUUCUCGUGUUGUUGCUGUCGAAUGAGGAUGACUUUCUCUAAGUUUGAAGCUGUGGCUUGGUUGAUAAUUUUUUUGUAUACUCUGUAUUUGCUAGUAUAUUUUACGUGAAUGUUUGAGAGACGAAUGUAUUGGCACACUUCUGGCUUCUUAUUCAUUAUUAGUAUCAUUCUUUUCAUUGUCCAGGCUGCG